GGGGUGGGGUCGGAUUUUCCUCGUGGAGUAGCAGCUGGACGCAUGCGCCCCGCUUCCACUACUUGUCUCCAUCCCCAGCGCAGGAGCAAAUAGGAUGAACUUGUGUUACCUGCUUAAAGGCGCCGCCACUUGCGCGAAAAGCUGAACCUGCUGGUGGGAGAAGUGACAAUUUUUCUCCGCGUGGAAAGUUAAAAAAAAGAUAAAGCGGCCAAACGGAAGCGGUCUGAACUAGAAGACUAAUGAGGAGGAGAGCGUUUUGAAUGUCAAGCGGGCAAUCUGGGAGCGGAUCAGAUACCGUUGCGAGGAAUCAGAGCGUGUGUUGUUGUUAAAGAUGCGGAAACAACAGCAGAAGCAGCAACAAUCUGGAUUUUAAUCCACUGGGAUAUCUACUCUGUGCGCUGGGAGCAGCAUGUCUUGCUUCAGGAGAAGAGCGAAAACCUUCCAACUCGGACCAAAACACCCCGAAGAAGUUUUCUUUCUGGUGGGACAACCUGUGUGGUAUGAGUCGUCCGAUCUUCGCGCCAUUCGUCGGAUUUAACGGGUUUGGUUUGGACGUUAAUCACCAUGUCAAAAGUCAUUCAGAAGAAGAACCACUGGAUCACCAAAGUGAACGAGUGCGCGGUCCUCCGGGACGCGUACGGGGAGCUGAACGUGGAUCUGCGCGGGGGAGCGGAGAAUGGAGAGUUUGCAUACAUCGGGCAAGUUAGAGAGGAUGCUAUGGUUUAUCAGCACGGUAAACUCUACGAAGGGGAGCUCCUCCUGGAAGUCGAGGGCCUUUCUGUGUCUGGAUUACCCCUUUAUGACAUUUAUACUCUGAUGAAAUGCUGCAAAGCUCCCGUCAGGUUGAAAACCGUUCGUCAAGGUCACAGGCUCAACAAGGACCUGAAGCAUUACCUGAGCUUGAGGUUUCAGAAGUCGUCUCCUGACCACGAGCUGCAGAAGACCAUCCGAGCCAAUCUGUAUCGUCACGCUGUGCCUUGUACAACCCGCCCCCCUCGAGACGGAGAGGUCCCAGGGGUGGAUUACAACUUCCUCUCUGUGGAGGACUUCCUAGAGCUUGAGGAGAGUGGCACACUACUGGAAAUAGGAACGUAUGACGGUAACUAUUAUGGGACCCCCAAGCCGCCAAGGCAGCCCAUCAUUGGGACAGUGAUUCUCAGUGAUGCAGGUUCCCGUCAGUCCACCCCACCACGCACCAAGUCCUACAAUGACAUGCAAAACGCCCGCGUAGUGCCUGCUGACGACGAUGAUGACGACCAGGCCACGGAAAUGAACAACAGUUUUACAGGAUCCUUAGUGCGUAGUCUCUUCCCCUCUCCUUUGUUGUGCACAGGUAACCCUAAUGACCAGGAUGAGAGCCGCGGCGGCAUCCUCCGGCCGUACCCUGCACGUGAAAAUGCUCCACCCUUUGGUCUGAACAAUGCAGCCGCCUCCACCGCAGAAAGCGGGCAGCAGACCCUCGCAGAGCCGCAGGUCUCUCCAGAAGACCCGCUGGGACCGCUGCCUGAAAACUGGGAGAUGGCCUACACGGAGAACGGAGAACUUUACUUCAUAGACACGGCAAAGGCACACCACCAGGACAUGGCUGUGUGUUUUCAGAGCUUCCACAACACAAAGACCACAUCAUGGCUGGAUCCUCGGUGUAGAGACAAAGCCUCCAGGCCUUUGGAAGAGUGUGACGAUGAUGAAGAAGGGAUACAUACUGAAGAGCUGGAGACUGAUCUAGAGCUGCCUCCGGGAUGGGAGAGAAUAGACGACCCAGUGUACGGCGUGUACUACGUGGAUCACAUAAACAGGAAGACGCAGUAUGAAAACCCAGUGGUGGAGGCGCGGCGUAGAAAAAUCCUGGAGCAGCAGCAGCCGCAGCCUCCAGAAGGUGAGCGGUAUAUUCGAGAGUGGAUAGAGGAGCACUCCUCAGCUGCAGCACCACUGGGAAGCUAUGCUCCGAACCACCUGGAGACCUACAGGGACCCACAAGUCCCACCAACUCUACCUCCCGGCCCUGCAGGAGUCAAACGGGGGAAACCUUUCUUCACAAGAAACCCAGCGGAGCUGAAAGGAACCUUCAUCAACACAAAGCUGAAGAAAAGCCGCCGUGGCUUUGGCUUCACCGUGGUCGGAGGCGACGAGCCGGAUGAGUUUCUGCAGAUCAAAAGUCUGGUGCUGGACGGGCCUGCUGCUGUGGAUGGCAAGAUGGAGACAGGUGAUGUGAUAGUCAGUGUGAAUGACACCAUUGUGCUGGGCUACACCCACGCUCAGGUGGUGAAGAUCUUCCAGUCCAUCCCCAUCGGCUCAAUGGUGGACCUGGCCUUGUGCCGUGGCUACCCGCUGCCCUUUGACCCCGACGACCCAAACACUAGCCUCGUGACCUCAGUGGCCAUCCUAGACAAGGAGCCCAUCAUUGUUAACGGACAAGAGACGUUUGAAUCGCCUUCCAGCCAAUCCGGACCCAUUAACGGCAUGCGCGAGCCACGGCCACACAGCCCCUCAGCCGAGGUGGCGUCCAAUGGCUCCCAUGGCUACUCCAGCGAUGUGGUCACCCUGGCCUCGUCCAUAGCCACCCAGCCCGAGCUGAUCACCAUCCACAUGGAGAAGGGAGACAAAGGUUUUGGCUUCACGAUCGCCGACAGCCUGACGGGAGGAGGGCAGAGGGUCAAGCAGAUAGUGGACUAUCCACGGUGCCGUGGCCUCAAAGAGGGGGACAUUCUGAUGGAGGUCAACAAGAGGAACGUCCAAAACAUGAGUCACAACCAGGUGGUGGACCUGCUGAGCAAAUGUCCCAGAGGCAGUGAAGUCACCAUGCUGGUGCAAAGAGGAGUGGUGCCGGCCAAGAGGAGCCCGAAGCUGGUGCACCAGUUAGAAAGGAAGGACAGCCAGAACAGCUCCCAGCAUAGUGUGUGCAGCCACCGCAGCGCCCACACCGAUUCUCCCAGCCACCCACCCUCAGCCAUGCCCAGCGAGGCAGUGGUUCCCACUCCCGCUGCGCCCACCCAGCCCCUGCCAGGCCUGCCCCCUCAGGACCCUGCAGAUGGCACCCUCACCCUCCAGAAGAAGCCGGAUCCCUUUAAGAUCUGGGCGCAGUCCAGGAGCAUGUACGAGAGUCGACUGCCAGAUUGCCAGGAGCAGGACAUUUUCCUCUGGCGGAAGGAUACGGGCUUUGGCUUUCGCAUCUUGGGAGGAAAUGAGCCUGGGGAGCCUAUCUACAUAGGACACAUAGUGAAGUACGGGGCAGCGGAUGAGGACGGGCGCCUGCGGUCGGGUGAUGAGCUCAUCUGUGUGGACGGCACAGCAGUGGUGGGCAAGUCUCACCAGCUGGUGGUGCAGCUGAUGCAGCAGGCCGCCAAACAGGGCCAUGUCAACCUAACUGUCAGACGCAAGACCCCCGGAUACGGAGUGUCGAAAGGCGAAGGCGACGUCCCCCCAUCGCCGGCCUCGUCCCACCACAGCAGCACCCAGGCGCCCAGUCUGACGGAGGGCAAGCGAACCCCCCAGGGGAGCCAGAACUCGCUCAACACGGUGAGCUCGGGCAGCGGGUCCACCAGCGGCAUAGGCAGCGGCGGCGGAGGCGGCAGUGGAAGCGCGGUGGUGCCCGCCUCCCUGCAGCCGUACGACGUGGAGAUCCAGCGGGGGGAGAACGAGGGGUUCGGUUUCGUCAUCGUGUCGUCCGUUUCCCGGCCAGACGCCGGCACCACAUUCGCCGGAAAUGCUUGUGUGGCCAUGCCCCACAAAAUAGGACGCAUCAUAGAGGGCAGCCCGGCGGACCGCUGCGGGAAGCUGAAAGUCGGGGACCGGAUACUGGCGGUUAACUGCUGCUCCAUCACCAACAAGUCGCACUCAGACAUCGUCAACCUGAUCAAGGAAGCCGGGAACACGGUCUCGCUCAGGAUCAUCCCGGGUGAUGAAUCUUCCAAUGCUUCUCUGCUGACCAAUGCGGAGAAGAUAGCUACCAUCACCACUACACACACACCUCAGCAGUCCACGGAGCCCCGGAAUAAUUCAAAGUCAAAAGGAGCACCCCCUCCUCCGCCUAUACAAUCUCAGACACAGGAUGCUGAGUUCUACUCUGUGGACCUGGAGCGGGACAGUAAGGGCUUUGGUUUCAGCUUGAGAGGAGGACGAGAGUACAACAUGGACCUAUAUGUGUUGAGGCUGGCGGAGGAUGGGGCAGCUGUCAGAAAUGGGAAGAUGAGGGUGGGAGAUGAGAUCCUGGAAAUUAACGGUGAGAGCACAAAGAACAUGAAGCAUUCACGUGCCAUAGAACUGAUCAAGAACGGCGGCCGGAGGGCUCGGCUCGUCCUCAAACGGGGAGACGGAUCUGUACCUGAAUAUGACGGCGGCAGUGACGGGCACCCUUCCACACCCGGGGCACAAAACUCUCCGGAAGUGAGAACGUUGCCACUCAACAGCCGAUAUCACACCUCAUUGGAGUCCAGUUAUCCACCAGACCUUCACAAACCAUCACGCCAGGAGGAGGCUGCGCGUGGCCGAGACAUGGACAGGAACAGGGACAGGGCUGAGUCAGAUCAGAUGCACUACCAAGGUCGGCAAUUUAACCCCCAUCAUCAUCACACCUGGAAUAACAGUCACAGUCAAAGUACCCCCGGACAGCAGUCUCCUGACAACGGUAACAGCGGUAGCAAUGGCAACAAGAAGGGCCGAGGACGCAAAGUCAAAAAGUCUGAGUCGGAGAGUGGCAUCUCUAAACUCCUAAAGACUCUGAGGAAGGACAGCUCGGGGAAGAAGGCUGCAGCUGCCGACAAACUGAAAGAGCAAGCCAUGUCAAGCAGCAGUUCCACCUCGGAGGGAACGUUUCGUCUGCAGCGUCGGGGCUCCCUGGACCGCUCACCAACACAAAAGCGCGCCUCAUCUCCUGACCGUCGACGGGCCAAGUCGAUGGACCGCAGGGCCGAGCGGACGCAUCGUGACCGCACGCCUGAGAGGGAGUAUGAUGAUGGAGGGUUCCUCGCAGUCACCCCUGAGCGGAAGUUCUAUGAGCGGAGGCUCCUCAAGGACUCACAGAUGUCUGGGCGAGUCAGGGAGGCCUCAACCCCCGAGCGCACCAACAACAACGGGGAUUCCUCAUCUCUUUCCAGAGGCCGUACAUACGAAAGAGCCAUGAAGAACGGCAAUCUUUUGAGAGACUCUUCCUCAGAGAGGAUGGAGGGGAGAUAUCGGAUGAAUGGGACAACGGAGAGACGACACCGCGUGGAGCGAGACUCUUCCCCUGACAGCAACUACAGCCGGGACGAGCUGAACUAUGCAGCAGCACCAAGACUGAAGGACUACUACAGCAUGAUGAAGAACAACGCUGCACACAACAACGCUGCCUACAACCACACAGGUCAUAACAAUAACGCAGUAGGCCGCAGCCCAAACCAGCUUCCUGAGCCCAAGAGAAGGGUGUACAAAGAAAGCCCCAAAGACCUCAGCAUCUAGAGCAGAGUAGAGAUCCCCCUCGCCACACUCUCCUCUAUCUGUGCAAACUAUGUACCAUACACUGGAAUUGGACUUCUGAGGAUACUAACUCUUGUGCUUUAUUUGGUCGACUGGUUUAUUGAUUGAUUGGUUUGAUUGACUUACAAACUUGUGAUCCCAUCCAGAGAUUCAUAAAACAGCAGGAGUACAAUCCUUCUAUCAGUUCAUACUGGUUGUUUUGUCAUUGUUCUAGUUAUUUUGAACAUAACAGAGGUAGUUGUACUAUAGUAAAGGUAUUGUAUGUGCCUGCAUAUGAAAUCAGUGAUAUUGCUUUUUGUAGGCAUUGCUGACUCUACAUAUUUGUUCCCUCAGAGGUAUGAAACAUGCUUCCAGUCGUGGUAACUUCGAACUACUAAGCUUGUUUUCAACUUGAUUUUAAAUGUCUUUAUCAUUCCUGAAUUGCUUUACUGGACAAACUAUAGCACAAGACACUGAUGGUUCACAAGAACUGUGAAAGUCACGUUGGAUUUUGGGCAAAAAUCUAAAUUUGUGAUCUGAUGGUAAAACUGACAGAGUUGUAAUUAUGAAAAUAAUAUAUGACCUUUCUGCAUUUGCUUACUAUUUAUUUUUUUUUUAAUUUGGCACAUAUCUUGGAAAAGCUCCAAUAAGGACCAAGGUAGAAGUGUAAACUGUACCUGGGAACGCAUGCUGAACCCGUACACGCGUUGCAUCCCUGAAACGCGCGGCAGCUGGCCGUCCUUUUCCCGAAUGCAACCAGAAAUCAGACAAGUGACGAGGAAAAAAAAUUAAAAAAAAAUAAAAUUGGCAAAGCUAUUUUUAGUUUCCUCCUGGAGUAGGAUUACAGACUAACCCCUUUGCUCCUCUGUGUGUAUUGAUGCAGUGGGAAAAGAGCUUGACUUACUUACAGCUACAGCAAAACUGUUGCGCAUCCAAAUUUUAAAUUCAGUACUUGAGAUGAGUCUACAUUAUGCCACAAUUCCAGCUGAAGCUGCCAUAAAGUAUGAUUUUUCAAAUAGGCCAAAAAAAAAGAAAAAAAAGAAGAAGAAGAAGCAAAUAAAUAUGUAAAUUAUCCCUGUGCAAGAUGCAUGUGUAAACUAAAAUGUAGUGUAACCACUUUAUCUGAUAGGUCUGAAUGAGAAUAAUCGAUAAGGAACAUGCACUGUAAUCCCACAGUAAUUGUUACCCCUGUCCUCACGUUUAUUAUUAUGCCCACAUUUGUGCACCGACCACCUGCUGGGUCCUGAAACAAAGAGCUGAUGUGGUUUGUUGUGUUGGUAACAUACGGAGAGUCCCGGUACAGGAGACAACUAAUCUGCCAUGCUGAGCCAUGCUGUCACGCCACUGGAGUCUGACUGCUGCUUUUUUAAUGUGUUUUGUGUGUAUUCUCUGUUUUAUGUUUCGUUUAAGAACUAAAAUAUAUAUUGGAUAAACCACAAAAAAAAAUGCAUUGUUUGAUCACUGUUGUCGCCAUGGUACUGUAUUCAACAACAACAAGAAAAAAAAAGAAUUAAAAAAAAGGAGUCACAUGUAAGAAGUUAACCUGUUGGCCAUCACCUGUAAAGAAAUUUUCCAAUGUAACUACUAGGAACCUGUCGAGGAAUAAAAUGUUGCCUUUUUCUUGUACAAAAGAGAAAUUUAUGAAAAACCUCAGCAGUGAGGAAUGUGAUAUUGUGUUUAUAUCUCUGAAAUGGACCUGAUGAUUUCUGGGAAAUAUGUUGAUUUACUCUGGAUCAGGUAUGUAAAGACAUUUUAAAAUGAAAGACUGUAUUUGGUCAAUCAAAAAACUGUUUGAUGGUUUGAGUCUCUCUCGAUGGUUAGCCUGCCUUUGUAUUAUAAAGCACUUGUAUGCAGUCUGUGUUCUUCAAGCAUUAUUUCUUGCUAUGUGCUCCAGACAUAAUGCUGUCUCUGUGUUGAUAAAAGCAGUACAUGUAUAUGGGCCAAUCUUUUUUAUAUAACUAUGCAUAUAUAAAUACUACAUUGUUCAUAGCUUUAUUUGAUCCAUGAAGCUAUACAUAACAUUAGUCAAAGUACAAGUAGAUGUGGACUUAUCCAGCUUCUUUCCUUGAGAUGGAUUACAAUGUAUAUGUAGCUAUCAAAAGAAGUCUGUGAAUGCUAUUUUUAUUAUCAAAUAAAGUUUUCCAUACAAAUUCAAAA